AUGGUGAAGCGGGAACGCAGCGUGUCACUGCCGAAGCAGACAGCAAAGCGACGGAAGCGCGGCGGUAGACGACGCCGCAAGAAGCAGAGGAGAGAAGUUAACCCUCCCGCCGUCCCGGCGUCCUUCGCGUGUCACAUAUGCACCAAGAAUCACUGGACAGUUGCAUGCCCCCGGCUACAACGCAACCCUGAUGAAUUUCCAUUGAUGGAUAGAAAGAAGGGGUGCUGGAAGUGCGCCCAGAGGGGUCACCCAUCAGCGCAAUGUCCUGUCAAAAAAUACCACUGUGCCGACUGCGGCGGCCUUCACGACACACGUGACUGCGAGUUCGAUCACAAGAGUGAGGAGUGGCACGAGUUUUACGACCCCAACACGCAGCACGUUUUCUAUAGUCAUAGUGAGACACGUGAGGUACAAUGGACACCGCCGACGCAUCGGCUGGACGUGGUGUUGUGGUUCUGCCCCAACUGUAACAUUCUGCUGCCGACGACAGUGCCGGAGUGUGUUACGUGUCAUGCGCCGCGGAUGGAAUCAAAGGCAUCCUCACAUUCAUCGUCUUCGUCUUCGUCUGCAUCCUCGUCUGAUAAUGAAGAAGAAGACAGCGACGACGAAGCCAGCAGUGUCUCUGCGGAUGAAGAGGAAUAA